AUAAAAAAAUAAAAAAAAUUAGCAAAGCAAUGGAGCUGAACAUAGCAACAGACGAUCAAAAUGAAGAAAAUUUGAGGCGUGUUCAAGUUCGCUUCAUAACAAAGCUAAAACCUUCACUGAAAGUACCUAACACUUCAGUUGCUAUCCCUUCUAAUCUCACUCGCUUCGGCCUCUCCUCUGUUGUAAACAACUUGCUUCAAUCAGUGAAUUCUGAGUGGCAAUCUCAGCCCUUAGAUUUUUUGAUCAAUGGCGAGCUCAUUCGCAUGUCGCUUGAACAGUUUCUUCUGGCCAAGGGCAUUUCUGCGGAGAAGAUAUUGGAAAUUGAAUACAUAAAGGCGGUGGUUCCACAGAAGGAGGAAGGGCCUUCUUUACAUGAUGAUUGGGUUAGUGCAGUUGAUGGCUCUAAUCCUGGGUUCAUCUUGACCGGUUCCUAUGAUUGUUUGGGAAGGGUAUGGAAAAACACUGGAUCAUGUACACAUAUACUGGAAGGACACAGUGGUGCAUUAUCUUCCAUUAGAAUCAUUAAUUCAGAUGGUAUGACAGAUGUCACUGUUGCCACUGCUUCAAAAGAUCGGACUGCGAGAUUGUGGAAGUUUGAUGCAGAGGAGGUUAUUAAUCAUCCUAAGAAGAUACAGGCAUUCAAAAUUUUGCGGGGGCAUAAAGCAUCUGUACAGAGCAUCGCUCCAAAGACUUCAGGAGACAUGGUUUGUUCAGGCUCCUGGGAUUGUACAAUCAAUUUAUGGCGGACAAAUAAGUCCAAUGCGGAAGGUGAUCAAGUGUCAAUCAAGAAAAGAAAAGUGAAUAAUCAAGCUGAUGAAUCUCAGUUGGAGGCAGAAGCUGUGUCAACACUUGUGGGCCAUACACAAUGUGUAUCAUCUGUGGUUUGGCCAGAACAUGAAACAAUCUAUUCUGCAUCUUGGGAUCAUUCUGUUAGGAGAUGGGAUGUUGAGACGGGCAAAGAUCUUUCAGAUAUAUUCUGUGGGAAAGUUCUUCAUUGCAUUGAUGUUGGAGGUGAAGGUUCUGCCCUCAUUGCUGCUGGUGGUUCUGACCCAAUUCUUAGGAUCUGGGAUCCUCGUAAACCUGGAACAUCUGCUCCUGUGUUUCAGUUCUCAUCUCACAGUUCUUGGAUUUCUGCUUGCAAGUGGCACAAUAAAUCCUCGUUCCAUUUAAUUUCUGCAUCCUAUGAUGGGAAAGUUAUGUUGUGGGAUCUGAGAACUGCGUGGCCUCUCGCUGUCAUUGAUUCUCACAAAGACAAGGUAUUAAGUGCUGAUUGGUGGAGAGGUGACAGUGUAGUCAGUGGUGGCGCAGACUCUAAGCUUUGCAUUUCUUCCGGAAUUUAUAUACAGUGAGUUUUCAAGGGAAAAGUGAGAUAAUUGAUCUUCACAUGGAGGAGGGAUAACUUUUACAGAAUGUGAAUGGUAUUGCAUAUAGCAUCUUUUUUGGUUAAGAAGAUCGACAUUCAGCAUGUUCCAUCUUAGCCGUGUUAUUACCUCAAGGCAUGAUAUGGAGAUGGAUGCAUACUGUUCAUGUAUUAAGCGGGAGGUCAGUUGCAAGUCUAUGUUGUAUCAAUUUUGUUCAAGGAGCUUCAAGUUUCCAAAAUAGCAUCAAACUACUGUCCUUAAUUUAUGUAGUUUUCUUCCAUUUGUUUAACUAUGAUCACUGUGCUUAAAUCUUACACUUAUACCUCACUUUAUUACAUGAUUUGAUAUGUCAAUAUCUAUCACAAAGUUCCGAAAAUUAGUCCGAGCUCCUCGAUGUUUUCUUUGGGUAAUCAACUGUUUACCCUGUUCAAAAAUACACUACUGUAUUUGAAUCAGUUCUUGUUCUUACCUCUUUUGAGGAGCAACUAUUAGAUGGGGUGAGAUAUUCUGAUCCAUUGUGGGAAAGAUUAUUCAUUGUUCUAAAAGCAUGAAGUCUCUGUUCUCAUUUAUGUGG